AUGGGCAAGGACAAGGGAGACAAGGGCGGCUUCCAGCUCAAGGUGCCCAAGGGUACCAAGGACUGGGAAGGCAAGGAUAUGGUCAUCCGCGACAAGAUCUUCAGCACCAUUACCAACGUCUUCAAGCGUCACGGUGCUGUGACUAUCGACACCCCUGUAUUCGAGCUCAAGGAGAUCCUCUCGGGCAAGUACGGUGAGGACAGCAAGCUCAUCUACGAUUUGGCCGACCAGGGUGGAGAGCUGUGCUCUCUGCGCUACGAUUUGACCGUCCCCUUCGCCAGAUGGCUCGCCAUGAACACUUCCGUCCAGAACAUCAAGCGCUACCACAUCGCAAAGGUCUACCGUCGUGACCAGCCCGCCAUGACCAAGGGCCGCAUGCGCGAAUUCUACCAAUGCGAUUUCGACAUUGCCGGCGCCUACGACCCUAUGAUUCCCGACGCUGAGAUUCUGAGAAUUGCAUGCGAGAUCUUUGACGAGCUGGGCUGGAAGGGCAAAUACACCAUCAAGCUCAACCACCGCAAGAUCCUCGACGGUAUCUUCUCCGUGUGCGGUGUGCCCACCGACAAGCUGAGAACUAUUUCGUCCGCCGUGGACAAGCUCGACAAGUCGCCAUGGGACGAGGUCAAGAGAGAGAUGACCGAAGAGAAAGGCCUCGACCCCGAGAUCGCCGACAAGAUUGGCAAAUACGUUGUUCGCAAGGGUGGAAGAAACCUGCUCAAGGACCUCCAAGCCGAUGCAACUCUCAGCGCAAACGAGUCUGCAAAGGCCGGUCUCGACAACAUCGAAAUCCUCUUCAACUACCUCGACACUUUCGGCGUCCUCGACAGAAUCUCCUUCGACAUGUCACUCGCCCGCGGUCUUGACUACUACACUGGUGUCAUCUACGAAAUCGUCACCGAGGGUUCAGCCCCCAAGACCUCAGAAGGCCAGAAAGUGCAAGCAAAGAGCAAGAAGCCCAAGAACGAGGAUGAAGACCGUAGCAACGACCCCAGCGUCGGCGUCGGAUCCGUCGCUGCAGGAGGCCGUUACGACGAACUCGUCGGCAUGUUCAGCGGCAAGAGCAACCUCCCCUGCGUUGGUAUCUCAUUCGGUGUCGAGCGCAUCUUCAGCAUCACAAAGGCCAGAAUGGAAGCCGAAGGCAACAAGGCCGUCCGCACAAACGAAGUCGACGUCUACGUUAUGGCUUUCGGUGGCAAGGGCUUCGACGGCCUCCUGCCCCAACGCAUGGAAGUCGCCAAGCGUCUAUGGGAUGCCGGCAUCAAGGCCGAGUUCAACUGGAAGGUCAAGCCCAAGCUUCCCGCACAGUUCAAGGCUGCAGAGACCAACGGCGUUCCCUUUGCUAUCAUCCUUGGUGAGGAAGAACUCAAGGCUGGUCAGUGUAAGCUCAAGGAGAUGGGUCUGCCAGAAGGUCACCCCGAGAAGGACGGUGUGCCCAUUUCCAUGGACAAGCUUGAGGAGCAGGUUGCCGCCAAGAUUGAGGCCAGCAGACAAGCACAGUUGACCAGCGUCGAUGCUGUUGCUGAUAAGCUCGAUGCAGCCAACCUUGAUGAGGCCGCUGCUGCCGCCCCCAAGACCAGCUAG